UUUCCAUAUGUAACCCUUAGCAACGCGGACACAGUGUUAUUUUCCUCAACCAAAACACAGAAUUGAUUCACGAGGGUUGCAACUGUUGUGUUUGCACCCAUUACAUUUAAUCCAAGACGGCACAGAAAUAAAAAUAUAUAUAUUUUGUAUUUCUGUUCCGGUGAGUGAGCCGCGUCGCUUCCGCCGCGGUGAGGCGAGUGUUGCUGUGCGGGUUGGUUUGCAGCAUGGCUGACAGCGGCGUGGCGGAGUCUCUUCUUCAGCGGCUCGAUCAGGCGGAUGGCGGCGUUGACAGCCAGCAGGCGGCGGCGAGUCUCGGGGUGGAUCAUCAGUUGGUGGUCGGUGCCGUUAAGAGCUUGCAAGCGCUCGGGGAGGUGAUCUGCGCUGAGCUCCGCUCCUCAAAGCAUUGGGAGGUGACAGAGGAGGGGAAGGAGAUCGCGGAGAAGGGCAGCCAUGAGGCACGCGUCUUCAGCUGCAUCCCAGCAGAGGGCAUGGCUCAGAGCCAGCUCAUGACGCUGCCCAGUGGGAAGGUGGGCUUCAGCAAGGCGAUGUCUAACAAGUGGAUCAAACUGGACAAGACUGCAGAGGGAGGACCUCGAAUCUGCAAGAGUGUGGACAGUAUUGAGGACACCGUGAAGGACAGGCUGCAGCUCGUCCAGCAUGGACAGGCAGGGAGUCUGGAGGAGAAGGAGAAGAACGAACUGAAGAAGAGGAAGCUGCUGUCCGAGGUGACAGUAAAGUCUUACUGGAUCACCAAAGGAUGCAGUUUCAGCACCACCGUCACUAAGCAGGAGACAGAACUGACGCCUGAGAUGCUAGCCAGCGGCGCGUGGCGUGACAAGAAAUUCAAGCCGUACAACUUUGACGCCCUGGGCAUCAUCCCCGACUGCGGACACCUCCAUCCGCUGAUGAAGGUGCGCACACAGUUCAGACAGAUCUUCCUGGAGAUGGGCUUCACGGAGAUGCCGACCAAUAACUUCAUCGAGAGCUCGUUCUGGAACUUCGACGCCCUGUUCCAACCCCAGCAGCACCCGGCCAGGGAUCAGCACGAUACCUUCUUCCUGUCCGACCCGGCCAUCGCCACGGAGUUCCCCCUGGACUAUCUGGAGCGAGUGAAGAGAGUGCACUCUGAGGGUGGCUACGGCUCACAGGGGUACAAGUAUGACUGGAAGAUUGAAGAAGCGCAGAAGAACAUUCUGAGGACUCACACCACUGCCGUCAGCGCGCGCAUGCUGUACCGCCUCGCUCAGCAGGAGGAGUUCACCCCAGUGAAGUAUUUCUCAAUCGACCGCGUGUUCCGCAACGAGACUCUGGAUGCCACUCACCUGGCAGAGUUUCACCAGGUGGAGGGCGUGGUGGCAGACUACGGGCUCACGCUGGGGGACCUCAUGGGAGUCCUGCACCAGUUCUUCAUCAAGCUGGGAAUCACUAAACUCCGCUUCAAACCCGCGUUCAACCCCUACACAGAGCCCAGCAUGGAGGUGUUCAGCUACCACGAAGGUCUGAAGAAGUGGGUGGAGGUGGGGAACUCGGGGGUCUUCCGACCGGAGAUGCUGCUGCCGAUGGGGCUCCCUGAGGGGGUUUCAGUCAUCGCCUGGGGACUGUCGCUGGAGAGGCCCACCAUGAUCAAAUAUGGAAUCAACAACAUCCGAGAGCUGGUUGGUCACAAAGUGAAUCUGCAGAUGGUCUACGACAGCCCAGUGUGUCGACUGGACUCCUGAACAGGCAGGCGCGUGGACACCGCUGGCCUGAGGACCCCUCGCUCCCCUCCUUCAGUUCCUUGCCCUCGCCAGCGGCUGGGCUGCCCUGAAACAAUAUUGACCAGGAAGGAGGACUGUGGGUUUCUGCUCUUUGGACUGGUUGCUAGGUGAUGGGUCACAAGUGAAAUUAGUUUGGUGUCAAGUUUGAGUAUAACAAAACUAACAGCUUGAAAAAAUUCCUUUCAACACUGCGGAGCGCUCCGGAGAACUCCACUCUCAACACUGCAGACUAUUCAUAAUCUAAUAUGUAUAUGCAUGCCUGUUUUUGAUUUUAUGGUUCAGUAUAAAUCCACUCCAGUGUGUGAAACUCACUCUCCUCUCGUUCCCAGUAUCAGACUGGGGCUGCAGCCGGGUCCACCCGCAGUCUGCAAUCCACUCUGCACCCUGAUCUUACACAAGAGGCAAACCUGUGUGUGUGUCACAAUUAUUUUAUAACUGCUAUUUAUAAGUUAAUUCACCAACCUCCACUAUUUCCCUGACGGUAUCAUAUAUUCACAGUCGUUCAGCCUACAUAUUAUUGUUCUGCAGUCAGAGAUUUUAAACCUGUCUCUCGCGUCCUUCUCAUCGGACGCUCAUCAGGUAACUUCCCCCAUCAGUGUGGAGAGAUGCAGAUCUGCAGCCUGCAAUACUAACUGGAGCUGAGAGACACACACACACACACAGAGACACAGACACACACACACAGACAGACAGGCAGACACGCAGACAGACACACAGACAGACAGGCAGACAGAGACACACACAGACAGACACACACACAGACAGACAGACAGAGUCCCACUGAAUUUGAUUUGAUCUCACAUCUGCUGCUGAUGGAAAUGAACAAGUCCAGUUUCAAACCGCUUUCAGCUCAGUCCUGGUGGCAGGUGGAAACAGAACAGGAGUCCAGGCAUUUUACUGAGCCAGCUUCAUGACUGUGGAGCCCACGUGUACAUAAUAACCCUACAUUAAAAGGCUUUGCCGGA